CCACGCAAUUGAAUAUUGUCUGUGAUCCAAGCGGAAAAACCAAACCAUCAGGCUGAGCUUAUAAAUCAACCGCCGGACCGCCGUGAAGGAUCGCCGCCGUGGCGGCCGGCAAAUGUUAAAUCCUCUCUCUUUCAUUAUUAGUUAAUUUUGUUGUUGUUUUUUCUUUUUUUUUGGCUUCGCGUAGAAUUGUAAAAGGCUCUCUUCAUUGGAAAUGCCUUCGAAACCCUCUGUAUCGUCUGUUCUAAUAGACCGAAUCAACGGCUCCGAUUCAACCACCGCCUCAAUCCAUUGCCAGAAAGAGAACCAGAAAUGGUUCCAGGUGCCGAAAUCUGUGGCCGUUUACCACACGCAUACGGUAGGGCCUAACCAGACCUGCUCCGCCGUGGUCCAAGAAAUCGCCGCCCCCAUAUCCACCGUCUGGUCGGUGGUCCGGCGGUUUGACAACCCUCAGGCCUACAAGCACUUCGUCAAGAGCUGCCACGUAGUCGUCGGCGACGGCAACGUCGGAACCCUCCGGGAGGUUCACGUCAUCUCCGGCCUUCCCGCCGGCCGCAGCACCGAACGCCUCGAGAUUCUCGACGACGAACACCACAUCCUCAGUUUCAGCAUGAUCGGCGGCGACCAUCGCCUUGCCAACUACAGAUCCGUCACCACACUCCACCCAUCGGUGGCCGACGACGUAAGUAAAACUGUGGUCGUUGAGUCCUACGCCGUGGAUACGCCGCCGGGAAAUACUAAAGAAGAAACCACCGUUUUCGUGGAUACCAUUCUGCGAUGCAAUCUUCAGUCGUUGGCUCAACUCGCCGAGAAUUUGCAUAAACGCAACAACCAGUCUCCGCCGUAAGUUAACUUCAUUAACUUGAACAUUCACUAUUUUGCUCUGUUCGUUUCUUCAAUUUCUGGCUUAAUUGAUUGUCUAUAAAUUUUCAUGGGCUACCAAAUGCCUUUUUCUCUA